GGAAAAUUAAGACUGAGUCUGUUGCCACUAGCUGCUCUACACUAUGAAUACUAUUGCACCCUUUGCAUAUAGAGGUCUCAGACUUAAAGACAACUAUUGCAACAUCAUGAAUGAUAUCUGAGAAAGAAGGGGAGAACUAAUGACUCCCUCCCUUCCCUUGAAAACAAGGAGAAGCUAGACCUCCCAGGCGAGACAGCUAGGCAUGCGAGAUGAAUGCAACUUCGCAAUAAGAAACCCUGGGGUGGCGUACCGGUAUUUACCAAAGCGCCGGGUUCCCCCGUUUGUCUCGCUCGGUUGAAUUCGUCGUUUCCUUAAGCUUAUUUGUCUAUAAAACGCUUAACGAACCCGUUGCAUUUCCCCAUCAUCGUCAGCCAAGAAAAUUAUAUCCCGAGGAUAACAACUUCUCUCUACAUAUUAUAUAUACAGUAAUCUUCAACUACACGUCGUGCCAAGAUGCAAUUCAAGACCAUCGCCCUGUCUCUAUUCGUCGCUGUCGUCGCCGCCGAGAGCGUAGACCAGCUAGUCAAGCAAAUCCCCUCGUGCGCGACGACGUGUCUGAACGACGCCGCGAAGAAGGCCGGCUGCGCCGUCGACGAUUAUAAGUGCCAGUGCGACAAAAUCCUCGAUAUCACGACCGAUGCCAUCCCGUGCGUCUCGGGUGCGUGCAGCGGCGACGACCUUACUAAGACGUCCCAAGUGACCACCCAACUCUGCCUCGCUGUCGCGCAGCAGGUGGGCGACGACACCUACAGCUCGGCCAUCGAGUCGCUCACCAGCUCCAUUGGAUCUGCCACUCGCACUGCUAAUCCUAGCGAGGCAACUGAGAGUGGUAGCGCCGGCAGCGCUACUACCGACGCUUCGCCCGCCCCGACCGGCGCCGCCAACCAGGCCGUCGCUGCUAUGGGUGUGGUUGGCGCCGCUGCCAUGUUGGCCCUUGCUUUAUAGAGGAGCGCGGAUUGCGAUAUAAGUAGAAAGACGACAGGGACGACGGAAAACCGGCCCAACCUAAAAGUGCUGGCGUUCUGGCGUUGGGAGCACCUUGUCAUCGUGGUUCGCUAGCAGCGAUCUUUUGAAACUGUGAUUACAAGAUAAAUAAACUGGCGUGUAUACAUACAUCAUCUUGAAGAUCUUCUGUACACUAGUGCGAUAUGAC